CUUUGUGAUAUGCAGCGCCCUCAUUUCCCCAUAAUGGUGGUGGUUUCUAGAAACUCCUUCAGAGUGUCCAAGGGGCACGUCUGUCACUCGCACUCAAGAAGUUUCGCGAAAAAGGUAAAUAAACGACGAUAAAAUCUGUUGAUCAAAUUAUUCCAUUAAUUGCGUCUAAAAUUGUGGUUAUUUUGUAAAAAUCGUGUGUAAAAAAAGUCUAAAAAUGGUGGAUUACAGCAAAUGGAAGGAUAUUGAGAUUUCCGACGAUGAGGAUGACACUCAUCCCAACAUUGACACCCCAUCGCUAUUCCGGUGGCGCCACAAGGCCCGAGUUGAGCGUAUGGAGGAGGCACAGAAGGAGAAGGAGGCUUUCGAGGCGAAAAAGAAGGAAACCGAACAGAAGAUGAAGGAGCUUCAGACAAAGUUAACUGAAAUGUCAGAUGAGGAGAAGGCUGAGGAAGUGAAGCGUGAACUUGACAGGAUUGAAGCAGAGAAAAAGGCAUUGCAGGAGAAGGAGCAGGAGCUGAGGAAGAAGGAACGUCAAACUCCGUGGAAUGUGGACACAAUCAGUAAGCCAGGCUUUGCAAAGACAGUCAUCAAUACGAAACCAACGCGUCCCAAGGAGGAGGAACUCACGGAGGAGGAGCGCGAGCAGCGAAUGAAGGAUUUCGUGAAGCAGAAUGAGAAGUUGCUGAAAAAGUUCGGGAUGCUUCGCAAGUAUGAUGAUUCGAAGAAGUUCUUGGCUGAAAAUCAGGCACUAGUGUGCGAAAAUACGGCCAACUAUCUCGUGAUUUGGUGCAUUAAUCUGGAGAUGGAGGAAAAGAAGGAGCUGAUGGCACAUGUGGCGCAUCAGUGCAUCUGUAUGCAGUACAUUCUGGAGCUUUCGAAGCAACUGGACGUAGAUCCGCGCGCAUGUGUCAGCAUGUUCUUCUCGCGCAUUCAAGUGGCCGAUGUGGAGUACAAGAGGCAGUUUGAGGAUGAGGUGGAGUCCUUCAAGGAGCGCAUCCGGAAGCGUGCUGCUGAGAAACUUGCGGCUGCUGCUGCUGAAGCUGAAGAGGAGGAACGACUGGCACGCCUUGGACCCGGUGGUCUCGAUCCCGAGGAAGUUAUCAACUCUCUACCAGAGGAACUCCAAAAGUGCUUCGAAUCGCGUGAUGUGAAGAUGCUGCAGGAGACAAUUGCCAAAAUGGAUCCCGAAGAAGCCAAAUAUCACAUGAAGAGAUGCGUUGAUUCGGGUCUUUGGGUUCCAGAAGCCAACAAAGAAGCCUCCGAGGAUGAAGGAGUGGAAAUCUCUCAGGAUACCUCCACUGAUGAUGUUGAUUAAUCUCCCGUCCCCCAAAUUUUUCUUCCAAUAUCCAAUUCUCCAAUAUCCUUAAAAUUAUCCAGAAUAAAUACUUUUCAAAAUCCCUGAUCAAUUGAGAUUUUCAUUCACAGCCUUUGCAGCUCUCAAUGCUACUGAAACUGUUUUUUUUUUCAUUUUUAUUGUAUCAUUAGAAUUUGUAGCCAUUAGAUAUUUUUUUGGAAUAUAAAUAAUAAAAAUAAUACAUCUAUAAAAAA